CGAGUAUGGGCGGCAUCGAUUAUGCUGAGUGUCAUUAUUGUAACUUUUAUAACGUUUGCACAUGUCAGAUUUCAAUCGUUCAGGAGACAGAAUAAUGCUGGAGUCCAAAGGCGGCAAACCGGGAGAAGCAGGCUGAUAACUAUGAGGGUUUGCCUCAUCGCUGACCCUACCAUCCAGCAGCUGAACAGGAUAGAGUAUCCUGUCUGGCAGAUCAAAGUGCCCUAUGGUCAGGAGGAGAGCAGCUUUUUUGGGGGAAAACAUUCCCCCAGAUGAAUACAAAUUUAGAGGCCUUUAAGACAGGAGGAGGAGGCUCGUUCCCCUACAAAAAAAAGGUUUGUGUGGUUGAAUUGGUGGCUCAACAAUUUGUCCAAGGUGUUCUUGGAGCAGUAAGUCAACUCUGUCAUAAAUUUGUGAAGUACUUGUCAUUACCUUUUUAAUCAAUCCACCCCCCUCUAAAUCAAUACACAUCACUAUAUUGUCAUUAACACUUAUUUUAAAUAUACAUACUGUCUCUAAACCAUAACAGGUUGAAAUAUGGUGAGGCAUUGGGGAACCAUCCAGACAGCUUCCGAGCACUCCAUAAAGCCUCCCACUGCCAGGGACCUGUGGGACCUGCUUAAAGUAACCUAUUCCAUACCUGGCGGCAACCGGCCAUGUUUGGAGAACGACACCAUCUGCCACAGGUACAACUGGCUGGCUGAGGUGCAAGAUGGAGAAUGUCCUCCUCUAACAGUGGCGAUGGUGUUGGAGUUUGCUACUGGGGCAACGGUGGUGACACCCCUUGGGUUUGAGGACACCCCGACCAUCGAAUUCCUCCACACAGCGCGAGGGCGUCUCGCCAGGCAGCAGAAUAAAAAGUACCCAGAGGCAAACACGUGUGCUGUGACACUAAGGCUCCCUCUUCAUAGCACCUACAAUGCCUUUAGGGAAUUCAUGACCUCCUGUAUUGUGAAUUCCCCACAUUUUGGUGUUGCAUAAAAACAUUUUUACGAUACAAUUGUAUCUUGUAGCACUAAACUACAGUAGCAAUUGAGUGUUUGAAAAUGUAACUGCACAUCAACAUUUAAGCAUUUAUCUACUUACAUCUGUAUUGUUUGUACAGUGCAUUCGGGAAUGUAUUCAGACCCCUUGACUUUUUCCACAUUUUAUUAUGCUACAGCCUUAUUCAGAAAUGGAUACAAUAUUUUUUUACCCUCGUCAAUCUACACACAAUACCCCAUAAUGACCAAGCAAAAACAGGUUGAAAUUUUUGCAAAUGUAUAAAAAAAGGAAAUAUGACAUUUAUGACCCUUUACUCAGUACUUUGCUGAAGCACCUUUGUCAGCGAUUACACCAUAGGCUCUUCUUGGGUAUGACACUACAUGUUUUAUUAUUUAAUAGAUUUUAGAAUAAGGCUCUAAUGUAACAAAAUGUGGAAAAAGUGGGUCUGAAUACUUUCCAAAUACACUGAAUUUCCAUAUGGGCUGUUAUUGUUCACUC